UGUCAAAACCGAACCAAAACAAAAAUAUACCAUAAUGAUUUUUUUGAAUUAUUCAAAAAAUGUGCAAUAUCAGCAUUAAAAAGGGGGCCUGAUAGUUUGGGGGUUGUUUUGGUGUACAACAAAUAAAGUGGUUCGGGAUGGCCCAGUUAUUCACGCAAGAAAUUUUCGAAUUAAAACCCCUGGUUAAAUCAAUCGAUUUAAAACUGUGCACAGAAAACAGAAAUGGGGUGAAGCACAUUUUAGCAUUAAUUACCUGUGAUAACGAAAUAGUGCUGUACUACUCCUAUGGGGAUUUAUCACCAGUAGUGAAAAUAAUUCCUUGGUUUUCUGAUAGUAGCAAAAGCAUACAAGCAACUUGUUUGGAUCCAACAGCCACUUGGUUAUUGAUCACUUGUUUGGAUAGUUCCCUGUACAUUGUACCCGCUCUUCACAUAGUGGACAAAAAGCAGAAAAUCGACUGCAAGUGGUCUUUAACCGACGUAACCGCCUUCCCCAAGACCUCCAAUUUGCCAAAUUUGCCUACAUGUUGCGUGUGGUGGCAAACACUCGAAAGCAAUCAGAAUGCCUUAAUCGGUUUUGAUACUGGGCAGAUACUAGUUGUAAGUCUGACCGACGGUCGGGUCUUAGGAGGAUGCCAUGUAACUGAGCCCGUAGUAAAAUUGUACAUUAGCGUGGAUAAUGUGAAGGAUAUUGUCUCAUUGUUGAUUAGCUGCAAGUCGGGCAAGGAGUGGCAGCUAAUUUUAGAGCAUCAUUCCAAUGGCUACACUUGGCCAGUAGAAACCACUAACGUGCAUCCCGAUGCGUCAAUGAAAUCGAAGUUUUACAAUUUAAAGCAGCUGGGGGUUGACAAACUAGUAUCUUUGCGGCAAAGAUUAGCGCCUCGAAAGGACAGCCAAACUGACUCAACCAAUGAGUCGUCGUUUUAUUCUGAGUUGUAUUUCUCAACGUCUACAUCUGAGAGUUUCGCAGACAGUCAGUUACUGGGUCAAUCAGCCGCCUCUGCCGAUCUGAAUAGCUGGAAUUCAAACUCACUCAAAUCGCAUGAGGAUUCUCAAUCAAAUUUGGAACUGCAGUUAAUUCCCCUGUUCAGCGACACGAAUUUCCACCCUCAAAAUUGUAGAAACAGAUCAUUUUUCUCAGCUUUACACAAACCAUCUGGACUUUUAACAGUACAUUCCGAAGAUAUUGAGAAAACAUUAGUGCACCUUUUCAAAGUGCCGCCCAGAACGGACUCUGUGAUAAUGACUGAUAAUCUGAUUUAUACUCUGAAUCGUGAUAUUAACGUUAUCUCUAUUAUCAGUCGGCAAUUGGCAGAGACUCGCCUAGAUGGAGAAACGGCAUUCAAUGAAGAUUCCCUAGUUGCGCAGUUUAUGAUUGACAACGAAGAAAUCAUUGCCUUCUUUAAAAUCAUGGACAUGAGCGUAGAUGUGGCGCCGAGCAAAAACAAAUACAAAAAGAACCAGUGCCUGUACUCAACAGACAUCUCGUUCUUGAAGCAAGCCAUAGAUACUUGCAUGGUAGUGACCACUAAAAACGUAUACAAAAUAUUUGUCAGAUAUUCUCCAGUGAAGAGAUUUAUCAAAUACGUAAUUGAAGAAAAUGAUCUUGAAAAAGCUGAAAAGCUAUCCUACAUAUUUGCCUUCAAUUUGCAACAACUACUGGAGUAUUGUGGUGAUUUGAUGAUCUCUCAACGGUCCUACCAUUCAGGUAUUAUUCUUUACAAGCAGGCGAAAGUUCAUUUGUUAAAGCGGGUUUUAAAGCUGGCAGUUUCCGCUGAUUGCAAAACUCUUUUGAAAUUCGUACACUUGUGUUUGAGCGCCAGCAGAAUCGAUAUGAAUAUUACCACCCGAAUACAUAUUGGUAACGUUGCUGUGAUGGCUUACGUUGAACUGCUGCUCAGAAGCAACAGCAAUGAGCAGGUCAAAGCGAAUCAUACCACGGAUUUUAUGGAUUUUUUGGUUCAUGAAUCUCACUUCGACCCGAUUUUGGCUGUGAAUAUGACGUGCCAGGCUGGACAUUGGAACAUUGUGAGCCUGCUGUCGAAAUCUAGAGGUCUUCAGUUUGAAACAGUGGUGGCUUUUAGCAAAAUACUCCAGAACGACCUUUCUCCGAAUCCCUCCAAUUUGGAUUUUCUUUAUGCUCUGUCCGAGCCCACGUUGACGCAAAGUUUUCUUGUACUGCCACGAAGUGCACAGAUAAUUUUCCAGUACAUACGUGAAAACUUGGAGGCAUUUCCCAUAGAGAUUCUCAAACGAUUAGUGAUUCAAUUGGACCCUAGUCAACCUUGUGCCAUGGCAUUUCUUCGAGCUAUAUACCAAAAUGAUAAAGAUUCGUCGGGCACCGACUCCAACAUAGAUUCCUUUGACUAUGAGGCUGUCGAUGGCUGUACAACUGUGAUGAAAGAUCUAGUGGAAACAUUCCUUUUUGUGAUAUUAAGUUUAACUGCCAGAUUAGGUGCAAUUAGUUUUGAUUUAGGUUUAUUGGAGACUACAGUACCUGUAACGAAGCAGAAAGAGGAAAAAACAAUCAAUAGACUGCCCGAUUUGCAAGUGUUGAGCUGCGGAUACGAACAUGCUGCAGUUAUCAGAAAUAAUUGCGUCUACACUAUGGGUGUAAAUGCUGCCGGAUGUCUAGGCACAGGGCCGAUGCUAACCAAUACAAGUGGGCCUCGUUUGGUGAAUACCCUACAGGAUUUGAAAGUAACUGCGCUAUCAGUAAGCUGUGGCAGAAAACAUACUUUGUGUGCAACAGACUGGGGGGUCUUUGCAUGGGGAUCAAACAGUCACGGCCAAUUGGGUCUAGGGCCGCAUCUACAAGAAACGCCAUAUCCACAGUUAAUUUCCGCAAUAUCACAAUUGAAAAUUGUUGAUAUUUCUGCGGGUCAAUAUCACAAUUUGGCCCUUACACAUUCCGGGAAGGUUUAUUCCUGGGGUUGGGGCAUUCACGGCCAAUUAGGACACGGCUGUUGUGAUAAUGAGUAUUACCCGAAAUUGGUUAAAUUCGAUUCUCCUGUGAAACAGGUGGCGGCAGGACAUGCACACAGUAUUAUUCUAACAUGCGAUGGGAAGGUGUAUGGGUUCGGGUCAAAUGUGUUCGGUCAGUUAGAGAGCAACAGCCGACAAAUAGAUUCGAAAAAAUGCACGAAACCCACAUGGGUGGUCAUUAUGCCAGACAUUUACGUUCCUGUGGAAAAAAUCGUUACUUCGUACUUUCACAAUAUGGCCGUAACAGCAGACCAGAAAGUGUUCAUGUGGGGCGCCAGUCCAGAAGAAAUGCGCUUCUAUCAGCAAAGAAACAAUUCGAAAAACGCCGAGUUGAGUGAAUCUUGGAAAUCCAGCAUCGAAAUGUACGAGUCUAAGGCGAGGAUUCCGAUCAAAGAAAUUUCAGUGGGAUAUCGCCAUUGUGCCAUACUAGACAAAGGUCGCAUUUUCUGGGGUAAAAACAAAGAUGAAGAACUGACGGAGCCCAAUGUGAAAGACCCAUACGAGGACAUUAUUGGCCACAAGUUCGAUCAUGUUUCGUGUGGCUUGGACUAUACGAUGGCCAUUGAACAAAAUGGGCAAGUGUUCGCUUGGGGAACCCCCGCAAUGAUAGAAAUGUUUCAGACAAUUCUAGGUAUACCAGGGGAUGCCAUCCGAAGGAAAAAAUCGGACGAGCGAAUGAUCAUGUUUAAGGGCACAAAGCGAUCUUUUAAAACGCCAUACGUCCACCCGAUCUCGAAUAAUUUACCUAUUGAAAUUUCGGUGUUACCUUCGAUAGUCUUCACUUUCAACGGAAAGAACUAUAACUGUUUGUUCCGCACUAGUCCCUUGCCUCAUCAAGUUCUCCUUCCGGAUAAUGAUCCUGCGGAAUUUUACGAUCGUCAAAAAUCCAUCGGUCGAUUGGAUUUUAGCCAUAUUUAUCACGUGCCUAAAGUAACGGUUACAGAGAAGACCAUCCACUACGCGUUGAGGAUUUAUUUAGAAUUGUAUGACAUAGAAAAUGUUCAAAUGAAAAGUCUGGAGCUUAGCAAUUUUCAAGUGGCCAGCAAGGUGUCGUUUUUGAACGGGAACUUUGUGGAUAGUUUGGGAUUUACCAUUGAAGCGUUCAAGCGCCAUAUUGUGAAGUAUGAUGUAGACCUUCCAUCGCUAUUCACCUGCAAAGAUUCGUAUGACGUUACCGAAAAGGACCAAGGCAUCGAGUUGAUUGUGGAAAGCUUGAAAACCGAGUUGGACAGAGAAAUGUCCAGUAAUUUAUCAUCCCCAGCUCGAGCUUUGAGUUCCAGUUCCUCUUUGGACAGUUUGCGUCAAUUUGGAGAGGAAGGCGGUCAGGAAAGUCCAUGCGAAAUCGAUAUUCGUCAAAACAUUACGAAUUACCUUCAUUCCGUUAACAAAGGAGCUUCCUCGCCGACGGCCACCCCCAAGCUAAAUGAGAGCUACAAAGAUAUAUUAAUGGAGAAAUCAGUUAAGCAGCACGAGCUUCAAAUAAAAAACAAACAGGCCAAAGAGGUUCUCGACCUUGCUUCUCAUAUUGUGGAGUUCUACAUAGAGAAAGUCUACAUUUCUGAAAACCACAUACUGAUGCAAAACAUCCUUUUAAAGUGCAUCGAGUUCUGGUUAUCGAAUAAUCUUCCCAUAGUGAUUCUCGAAAACAUUCUAUUGAAAAACCUGGACAAGUAUUUUUAUCCGUUAUCGAUUUUACUGUUUUGUAAAAACUUUGACGUCGAAGACGUGAUCUUGCCCAAGGAUGGCGAAAUUUUGCAGAUCAGUUCUUCGCGAUUUUUGAAAGAAUUUUCCACAAAAUUCUGUUUGCACUUGUGCUCGAUGGUGUUGGAAAAUGCCAAUAAAUCCUAAAACGAUAGAUAAAUGAUAUUUUUUAAAUACAAAUUAUCGCUUGUUUUUACAGGGUUUUCAUCUUUCUGAAUUGAAACAGUUUUCGUCUAGAGCAACUUCUUUAUUAUUUCGUAUAUUAGCCCAGAAGUCGUUUUCUUUCUUCCAAAAAAAUAAUCUAAACCCUGUAUGAUUAAGUAGUAACGUUCACUCAUAUUUAUUGUUGUGUUUUUGCUGCAACUUGUUAGUUUACGACUCGAAUACUAAUUAGAAGACUGGUUUUAUUGAUUGUUGAUUUUUGUUGCAAUUAUUCCUAGUAGGUUAACAAUUUAUUUGUAAAGUCAUGUAGUUUAAUUAGAUUUUAUUGACUAGCUGUAAUAACAAAAAAGUAGUAAUCUCCUACCCAUGAAAGAAUCGAGAUACAUUUUCACGCACAUUACAAACUUUUUUAGAACGAUUUUAUAUGAUGUAUUAGGGCGUUUGCCAGCUCUCAAUGUGUUGCGCUUCAGUUUUUGUAUCCAUACUAAUUGAGAAAAAAAUCUCGACGUUAUCUAGCUGUUUGGAAUUUGUUUGCUUGCUGGAUGAUUCAAUCAUAUAAUGGAACCGAUAUUUUUAUAAAUUUCCUGUAUCACAUGGCUUAAUAAAGAGUGGUUAUGAGGUA